GUAAGUGGACUCUCCUUUGAUCCAGAUCACAGUUCAAUCUCACUCUUUCCUUCGCAGAAAACCCCACUCCGGUAACCCCAAAUUCAAACCCCCGUACACGACGACGUCGUUUUCCAUGGACGGCGCACCACCGCCGCCGCCGCCGCCGCCUCACACAAUUCAGUUCGGUCUCAGCUGCCGCGCCUUGCGCGAUGAUGACGACGACGACGACGGCGGCGAUUGUCUGCCGCCGCCUGACAACGGGAAACGGAAAGUCAUGGAUGAAAUGGAUUUCUUCUCCGAUAAGAAAUUGGGCGGCGGCGGCGCCGCCGGAGGUGAUGCCGGAGAAGAUGGUAGGACUUUGCAUGGGAGUAAUUCAGUCUUGAAUUUCAAUGUAAACACUGGAUUACAUCUUCUUACUCCGGCGAAUACUGGUAGUGAUGAGUCCAUAGUCGACAAGCAAACAUCUUCGAACUCGGAAAAUAAAAGAUCAAAUAGUGAGAUGAUUUUUCUACAAGCAGAAAUGGAAAGGAUGAAUUCGGAGAAUCGGCAUUUAAAAGAGAUGCUAAAUCAAGUGGAGAACGAUUACACCGGCCUUCAAAUGCAGCUAAUGACGAUUAUGCAAAAUCAACACCAAACCGAUCGUCAUCAAAAUCAAGACGACGAGGAACAUGUUAUAAAAAACGGCAACGGGAUUCAUAAUAAUAAUAAUAAUGGAGUGUUGGUUCCUAGGCAGUUCAUGGAUCUUGGAUUCGGAACGAACGAUGACGUGUUGUUAACUUCGCCCGAGAGGCGGGACCCACCUCCCCCGACACCCACUGACAAGGAUGUCGGUGACGAACAAUCUCCCGAAAAUAAUAAGGUUCCGAAGCUUAGCCACCCUCCUAGAAAUAGUACUGUCGAUCAAGCUACCGAGGCAACUAUGAGGAAGGCUCGUGUUUCGGUUCGUGCUAGAUCCGAGGCUCCCAUGAUCACGGAUGGAUGCCAAUGGCGAAAGUAUGGGCAGAAGAUGGCGAAAGGAAACCCAUGCCCUCGAGCGUACUACCGUUGCACCAUGGCCGCCGGGUGCCCCGUUCGAAAGCAAGUCCAAAGAUGCGCAGACGACCGAACAAUCCUGACAACAACCUACGAGGGCAACCACAACCACCCGUUGCCGCCCGCCGCCAUGGCAAUGGCCUCCACGACAUCAUCCGCCGCCAAAAUGCUACUCUCCGGUUCAAUGCCAAGCGCCGACGGCUUAAUGAACUCGAACAAUUUCCUAGCAAGAACGCUCCUCCCGCAACUUCCUUGCUCCUCAAACAUGGCCACGAUCUCGGCCUCAGCCCCGUUCCCAACUAUCACACUAGACCUAACACAAUCCCCCGCGAACCCUCUACAAUUCCCCAAAAUACCCUCCAACCAAUUCACCCUCCCAUUCCUCAACCCCCUACUAAACAACAUUGCCAAUAUUAACCCUAAUGCAGCUGCCCUUUUGCCCCAAAUCUUCGGCCAGGCCGCGUACAAUCAGUCCAAGUUUUCGGGGCUACAAAUGUCGUCACAAGAUCAUCAAGGCACUAGUAAUAAUCAACUACCGCCACCUUUCCAACUGAACGAUACGGUAAAUGCUCUCGCGACCGAUCCGAAUUUCACGGCGGCUCUAGCGGCGGCAAUUUCGUCUCUUAUGACCGGGCCCUACGGGAAUAACGGCGAUAGUAGCGGCGCUAAUGGUGGAAACAACAACAAUGGGAGCAUAAACUAACUUGAAAAACAGUUUAAUAUUUCUGAUUCCUAAUUUUUUUUCUUCUUGGAAGGGUUUUGUUAGUUUAAGAUCAUAAGAUGAUAUAUUCGUUCGAUUUUUUAAUUUUUUUUUUUAAUUUUUAACUUUUAAUAAUCAAAGAGAGAGAAAUAUGCAUGGAAAAGCAUAAUAGGAAAGGUGACAUCAUUUUUUUUGUACUGAUUAAUUCAGACAUUUGAGGAUGGAAAUGGAUUGUGCGGAA